UUUUCGGGGGGAAGCUAUAGAUUAUAAAGACUCGAUUUUCUUUCUCUUAAUUUUUCUUGAUGUCAAAGAAUUUAGCUUUUAUUGUUCGAGUGCGUUUUUGUUAUUUUCUUGGAAAUUGAAAGAUUACGCUGGGAAACCAUGCAAAGGCUUGAUCUUUAUUUUACCUGUUUGCUUCUCCUUGUAUAAAAAUGGAGGAUUAGGGUUUCUCUUGCUGUGUUUUUGAUUUGGGUGGCAGUAUUUUUGUAUUUCAUGAUCAAGGUUGAAAGCUUUAUUUGUCUUUGUUUGGUGUAAAUUGUCUUAAGUUCUGAUGGUUAAAUAGGAAAUUUUACGGAUAGUGUUUACAACUUGCUACUUCAAUCUGUAGAGGAUUAACCUGGGGUGUCUAAUUUUGUAAUGCAAUGUAAAAUAGAUAAUUCACUUGAUCAGUGCAAUUAGGAAAAGAUAGAGGAAACAGAAACAAGAUAGAUUAAAGGACAGCCCGUCUAGAUGAUCUAUUUAGAUAGCUAAUGCAAUGCUUUGAGUUUGUACUUCAGAAAUGAACAUGUUGUUGAGUCAUGUCCUGGCUUUGAAAUUCUUAAUGGAUUAAUAUGGUGUGUCUACUUUGAAUGUUUGAAUACCAUUCAAAUUUCAUUGUAUUAUCAAUUGAAUAAUACUUUGAACUGUAUUGACAACCUAUUCUUGCAUAACAGAGCCAACUUGCUGCUGUAAACUUCUGCCAUCUUGCUCGACACAAUGCCAUGUUCUUCUCAAGCAGAACUACUAUCAAGCAAGAAACCAUUCCAAUCACACGGCCCUAGUGAAUUAAAGCAUCUUUCGUCUGGAAUGGAUGUCACCGAUAGGUCUAUGAAGCUACUGAAUGCACAUCAGCAGUACAAUGUUGGCCGCUCUAUAUUUUUGAAACGAUCACGUCAUAACUAUGGACAUCACUACUCUCAGAGGAAUUCAAGGAACCAUGCUAAUGCUUCAACUUCUCAUGGAAAGAAUGCCUCUUUACAGGACGAGAAAUUUCUUUCCAAGCUGACUAGUCAGUCUGGUAUAGGGUUAUGGUAUCCUGCAGAGAACGGUGGAAAAUCAUUUAACAGGCCUGAUAGAAUUAAGCUUAGUUCAUCGACGGUGGACGCAUCUGAUGGGGCGAAAAAAACAUGUGGUGUUUGUCAAAAGAUGUUAAGACGGAAACCAUGUUUUCUCGGAGACACGCUUUCUUCUGGGGAGUGCUCUAUUGUGGCUGUUCUAGUAUGUGGUCAUGUUUAUCAUGCAGAGUGUCUGGAGCAGAGGACAAGUCUCGAAGAAAGACGUGAUCCGCCAUGUCCGUUGUGCACAGGCUUGCAUUCUCAUAAUGGAACCUGAAGAGAGCAAGAGUAAUGUACAUAUUAACUUCUAUGGCACUGAUUAUCUAGGACAAACCAGAUAUAUGGAAUUAGGCAGUUGAUGUAAUAUAGUUAUUGGGUUUGGAGGUUUAACACUGCAUUUGUUUUUUCACAUGCAAUGUUGUAGCUAAAAAUAUCAGACUAACUAGCUUUUGUGCUUCAUUUUUGUAUUUUAGGUGCAGUUGGAAGCUGGCCACAGUGACAUGUAACAUUUUAGAAAAAGAUUGGUUUUGAACUUUUCUAGAUAUAUUUUUUUAACUGAAA